AUGAACAGAAUGGAGGCCCACGUCCUCCAGUACUUUUCCACUGGCUCACCCCAGCCCUUCAAAUCCCUCCUGAUGUGCCAGCAGGGUCUAGGGUGCGGGAGAGGCGGCGGUGGAGAGCAGCGGGCAGCGGAGAGCACCGGCCCCACCUCGCCGGCCUCGCCCAAGGCCCCUACAGGCGCCAUAAUUUCCGUUCUGGGGAACCGGAAGCACGCUGCACAUCCUGCUGGCUCCCUCUGCACAGUGGUCCUUCCUAGGGACCCUCCUGAAGCUCGGCCUGGGGCCCACCGCGCCCUCAGCCCCAAGCAGAGCCGGGGCUCCCAUGUCCCCGCCGUCCAGUCCGUGUGCAGCUGCACGAGGGCCGCGCGGCUUCUAGACACCUCUUCCUCCUCGGAAACAGUCAGAAAGACCCAGAGCCUUUCAAGCUGGUCCCGCCCCUGCCUUUCCCUCCCCGAGGCCCCUCCGCCCUCGUUAGGAUUCCCUUUGCUUGCAGCUGCCUCCACCCAGCCAGCAGGGGAGCAGGCGGAACGUGGAGGUUCUGAUAUUGUGACAGGCCACGGGACAGGACCGAGAAUAAGCAGGAGCCUCUGUCUGGAGAGCAAGUCAGAGGAAGGCUGCUCCAUGUCGGAACUGAGGCUUCUCCUCCUAGGCAAACAUGGUGCAGGAAAGAGUGCCACAGGAAACACUAUUCUGGGCAAAGCUGUGUUCAAGUCCAAGCUGAGCGAGCAGAUGGUGACUAAAAUGUGCCAGGAGGAGAAGGGGGCCACGAGAGAAGGGGAGGUUGUGGUCAUUGACACCCCCAACCUUUUCUCUUCAGUAGCUUGUGCCAGUGACAGGCACCGCAACAUUGAACGCUGCUUGGAGCUCUCCGCUCCCAGCCUCCAUGUUCUGCUUCUGGUAAUUCCCAUUGGCUACUAUAAGCCGGAGGACAAAGAAACAAUCGAGGGCAUCUGGAAGGUGUUUGGAGCUGAAGCCAAGAGGCACAUCAUUAUUGUCUUUACCCGGAAGGAUGAAUUGGGGGAUGACUCCCUGCAAGAUUACAUUGAAGACGAUGACUCUCUUAGGAAGUUGGUUCAAGACUGUGGAGACCGGUACUGUGCUUUCAACAACAAGGCAAGUGAGGGUGAGCGGGACACCCAGGUGAGGGAGCUCCUCUGCAAGGUCAAGCGUUUGGUGGAUGAGAACCCAAGACUAUAUUGUGUGAACUUCAGAAAAGAAGGCAUUGGAUUCCAGGAUUUUGUGAAUGGAGCUACAUCACAGAAGAAGGACAAUCUCCAUGGGCCAGAGGAGAAGCAGCUGCAGGCCACAGGAUGUGAGCGGAACCCUGGGAUGUCAGAACUGAAGGUCCUGCUCGUGGGGAAGCGUGGGGCUGGAAAAAGUACCGUUGGAAACAGCCUUCUGGGGAAGCGAGUCUUUGAGACCAAAUUCAGUGAACAGUCAGUAACCCAGAUGUUUAGGUCUAAGAGCAGAAUCUGGAAAGAGAGGAAUAUUUCAAUCAUUGACACUCCAGACAUCUCACUUUCAAAGGUCCUUGAAUCAGAGCUUUCAAAACACACCUUCCCGGGCCCCCACGCCUUCCUGCUGGUGAGCCCGCUGGGCUCUUUCACUGAGAAAGAUGAGGCAGUGCUGGACACCAUCCGAAGCAAUUUUGGAGACAAGUUCUUUGAGUACAUGAUCGUCCUCCUCACCAGGAAAGAAGAUCUAGGGGAUCAGAAUGUAGAUACGUUCUUAAAAGACACAAAUGAAUCCCUCAACCAGCUCAUCAAGAAAUGUAAAGACAGAUACAGCGCCUUCAACUACAGAGUGACAGGAGAUGAGGAGCAACACCAGGUGGAUCAGCUCCUGGAAAAAAUUGUGAACGUGGUGCAGCAGAAUGGAAACAAGCCCUGCUUCCUCAGAGGGAGAGAGGCCUUGAGCAUUGUCCUCGUGGGGAGGAGCGGGACUGGGAAGAGCGCGACGGGGAACACCAUCCUUGGAAGGGACAAAUUCCCCUCUCAGCUUCUAGCGCAGCCAGUCACCAAGACGUGCCAGAGCAGCAGGAGGAAGUGGGAAGGGCAGGAUGUUGUGGUUGUGGACACUCCCUCACUCCACCUGAUGCCCGGUGCUGAGGGAGGUCCAUCCCAGCUGGAGCAGGAGGUCGAACGCUGUUGGUCCUGCUGUGAAGAAGGGAGCAAGAUUCUGGUCCUGGUGUUGCAGCUGGGACGGUUCACUCAGGAGGAUGAAAACGUGGUGAGGGAACUGGAGACCAUCUUUGGAGAGGAAGUUAUGAAAUAUACGAUUGUGGUGUUCACCCGGAAGGAAGAUCUAGGAGAUGGGAAGCUUGAGGAGUACCUCAAGAACACAGAUAACAAAGCUCUUAAGAAGAUAAUUAAAAAGUGUGAGGGGCGAGUUUGUGCUUUUAAUAACAAAGAAACUGGCCAAGCCAGGGAAGCCCAGGCAAAAGUUCUUUUGAUGAUAGCCAAUGAGCUAAUAGGGAGAUGUGGAGGGCAUGGAUACCCCUAUGAUUGGGAGAAGGUCAGCAAAAUAAUGAAAAAUGCCCAGGAAAAGCACAAGCCCCCAAAAUUACUAGAGACUUUAAAAAAUAUAUUCUCAUAGGUAGUUGAAAUGCCUGGGGCCUCUUUCUCAAUUAGAGACACCAUGAGGUUGGGGUGGGGACAUGGGAGGACUGGUGGGCUGGGAAGAGGGUCCAUGACUUUGAGGGUUUGGGAGGUAGGUGCAUCUCAUCUGUGAUGCUGUAGCUCUUUGUAGGUAAGUAAAUUAUCAGGCUGGACAGGUGGUAGGGGGUUAUAAAGGAGAAAGAAGAAAUAAGGUGGGGAAAUCUGGAAAAGGCUUCUGAGACUAGGCUGAUGUCAAGGGUCAGAAUCUAGUACAAGAGUGACCUCACCUGUGUGGGUGGAUUGGCAUCGGGACAGACACCAGGAGCAAGGCCGAGGCCAGCCUGGGGUCAGAACACAGAUCGUUACUCAGGAACCAGGGGAUCCAGGUAUGUGAGAGCAGGACACAGUCCAGCCAACCCCUGGGCAUGGCAGGACGGGGGAGCUGGACUCCCGUGGGCCUCCUCAUUCCCCAGGGCUGCUUGCCAUGCCCACUAGCCCCCUGAGCUCCCGUGUCUCCACUGGGGCAAGAUUCAGGGCUAGCAGGUUGCUUUCUCCAGGUAGUGGCUGCUCCUUAGUGCUCUCCUCCUUCCAAGCCUGAAGGGAAAGUGGGACCCAGUCUACCCUCCCUUGUUGUCCCUGAGGAAAUGAACAUGAGUCUGUGAGGUUUCAAAAGAUUUUAUUGCUAAUCAUCACAGUGAAAUAGACUAAAACAAAAAUCAGAAGCAUGUAAAAUUGCUAAGAUUAGACAAUCUUGCAGGGUUCUAAAAUUCUAAGUAUAAUUCUAGAUUUCCUCUAGAAAAGGUUAUUGAAAACCCCUUUGCACUUUUCUCCUUUUUUAUCCCUGAGGGUUAGGAAUUAGGUGAAAAAUCGGGGAACUCAAACAAUAAUGGUUUAAACACAUUAGGGGCUUAUCGUGGCUCGUGUCUAGAAGCCCAGGAGUAGGCAGUCUGAGGUGUAGCAUCAACAUUUCAGCUUCCUUCUGUCUCUUUGCCCCAGCUUCACUGGCACGCAGCCUCCAUACUGAAGGUUGCUUCUUGGGUCCAAGAUGGUGGUGUUCUCCCCAUGGCUGAGCCCCUUAUAUUGAGAGCUGCCUGAUGUGGGUGGUACAUGAGAUGAGAGCUAUGGCGUCUUCUGCCAGGUAGAUGUAGGGUCAGAUGUUUUCAAUAUUAACCACUUUAUACGUGCUUUGAGGACAGGAUCUAUGUCAUCUGCUUUUGUUUUUUGAAAGGAGUGGGCUACCUUCAAGAUUAACCCAUUUAUAAGAGCAUGGACAGUCACCAUUAAUACUUUUGUUCUCUGUAUAACCCCUCAGAUGACAAAUUCUGGGAAAUAUGUGUGUAAAUAUAAUCAGUUGAGUGAAAUAAUAAAGGUGAACUCUAUUAUAAAU